AUGAUGCCGGAGAUGCCGCAGACCCCUGCGGAAUCGCAGACCAUGGACCUGAACAAAGACCGUGAGGUCUCCUCCAUCCCGAAGACGGGCGAGACGGGCAACUGGGUUUACCCAUCGCCUCAGCAGUUCUACCACGCCCUCCUCCGCAAGAACAAGGAGGCGGAGGCUGAGACCAUGGAUGCCGUGGUCUACGCGCACAACGUCACCAACGAGCGGUCCUGGAGGCAAGUCCUGGAUUGGGAGAGACUCCAUGCCUCUUCCUGCCAGACCCCGAGUUUGCUGCGGUUCGUGGGCCGCCAGAAGGAUCUGAGCUGGGGGGGCUGGUGGUCCCGGCUGCUCUCUUACCGGGGCGUGCCCUUCGACCGCCACGACUGGUUCAUCGACCGCUGUGGCCAGCGCACGGUGCGUUACGUCAUCGACUACUACGACGAUCCGGCCGCCGGUGACAAAGAGGACCUCCAGAUCACUAUCGAGGCACGCCCCGCCCUGGACACAGCAGGUGACCUGCUGGACCGCCUGCGUCGGCCCGGUUGGCAGCUGCGGCGCGUGUGGACCGCCGUCUUCGGGGGAGGAGGACGGGGCCAGUGA